AUGCCAUCUAAUGCCGAAACCAACUGCAGCGGCAGUUCUUUGCUGUCCCUCCGGAUGUCGUGCGACCGGUGCCGGACUCAAAAGCUUAAAUGUUCCGUACCGGCGGAUUCAAGCACAUGUCAACGAUGUCAACGGGCAAGAGUAUCGUGUGUUUUUGGACGACGAAGUUCAUCGGAACGCACAUUACGCAAGGCAACGCACCGAGCCGAUCAGUCAACAACAGCAUCCACCGCCUCUCCAGAGCCGCAGCAGCUGGUGACACCCUUGGAGCCAGAGCCCAUGCUGUUGAAUGCUCCCGAACUCAAGCUCAGCUCUUGCAAUACUCAACCCAACUGGAACGAUUUGACUCCAGACAUCCACGGCCUGCUCCCAGAAUGGGACAGCGACAUGGAAAGCUAUGAUCGACUACAGUCCGGGCUGGCCUUAGACAUAGACAUGUUCAUUGCAGGUCAACCCGACCUCACGCCGUGGCCUCAACUACCUAAUCUUACGUCAACUACGAGCUGGCCGGUGGAUGACCUUGCAUCAGCCAGCAACACCGUCAGUACAGUUCAGAGCAGAGACGCUGUUUUGGCUAGUCAACGACUCACUACUCUCGUAUCAGAGAUUCAGCAGCAGUUGAAGAUGCUGGAGGAGAGCCGAUGGCACACAGACAGUGUGGGCAGCCUCGAUGACUAUCCAAUCGGCACCGUUCUUGAGCUUUCACAACAGUUCAGUGCCAUCGCUGGACCAAUUCUCAGCUGCAGGGCCUCCGAGUUGGAGGAGGUUGGCGACGAGGAGAACGGGAAUGAGAAGAAAACAAACAAUGCUGCUGUAGACACACCGACAUUGCUGCUCGUCAUGUGCGGCUACAUCUGGCUCGUACGCACUCACUGUGUCGUCCUGGGACAUUUUCAAAAGCACUUGAAUUGCAGGCCUGCCCUUCACCCAUACGGGUCGAUCAGCGGCAAUCGCAGCCCAAGCACUAUCAUGAGCCCAAUCAGUGGUAUUACCAGUACCACGGCACCGAGAAACCCAACGUUGCGGUUGGGUCAACUCCCUUGCGCAGACAUGGCCCUUUCACUGCAACAGAUUUAUACGGCCGUGGGGAUGCUGCUCGACGUGCUACACGACAUCGAGGGGCAUCUGGGACGUGGCGCAGCUGUAGCUCGAGUCAUGGCUGCAACCUCGCUGCUGGACUGGGGGAGGCGGCAUGAUGGUUGCUAUAGUGGUUUGAAUAAGAAAGCGACUUCUGUAAAAGAGCUCUUACGAGAGAAAAUGGGACUUUGA